GCUAUGAGAAGACAGAGGAUAUUUCUGAGAAAACUUCUUUAGCUGAUCAAGAGGAAGUGAGAACUAUAUUCAUCAAUCAGCCCCAGCCAACCAAAUUCUGCAAUAAUCAUGUCAGCACUGCAAAGUACAACAUUAUCACAUUCCUGCCAAGGUUCCUUUAUUCCCAGUUCAGAAGAGCUGCUAAUGCAUUCUUUCUUUUUAUUGCAUUACUUCAGCAAAUACCAGAUGUAUCACCAACAGGCCGUUACACAACAUUGGUCCCUCUCUUAUUUAUUUUAGCUGUAGCUGCAGUGAAGGAGAUAAUAGAGGAUAUUAAAAGGCAUAAAGCUGAUAACGCAGUGAACAAGAAACAAACUCAAGUACUACGAAAUGGUGCAUGGGAGAUCGUCCACUGGGAAAAGUGAACCACAGGCCAUGUGCUACAUUGAAACAUCUAACUUAGAUGGUGAGACAAACUUAAAAAUUCGACAGGGUUUGCCACUAACGUCAGACAUAAAGGACAUAGAAAGCCUGAUGAGACUUUCAGGCAGAAUUGAAUGUGAGAGCCCAAACCGACAUCUCUAUGACUUUGUUGGAAACAUCAGACUGGAUGGGCAUGGUAGGAUAGUUCCAAAAGUGUGGCUCUAAUAUAAUA